GCGAAGAGCCAUAUUUUCAAGCGAGACAUGGGGCGUCCCGUUGCGCUGCUCGUCGCGUUCGGCCUCGCGCCGUCCGUCGCCGCCGAGUGCUGGCUCCGCAGCGACGGCGUCCGCAUCUGUAGCGCGGACGGCCUCGAGUGGAUGGCCAUGUGGUGGUUCUGGUUCGCGGUCCUCUUCUUCCUCUGCGCGUGCACGGGCGGCUCGUACAUUUACCACCGACGGAACGUCAAUGCACUGUAUCAGCAAGGCUUUGUGACGUACUCGGAGCCGCUCAUUCUGCACGAUAACGUGCAGGCGUCCACAGACCGGUCUGCGUUUGCCCACAAAAUCUUUUACCAAUAAGAAAAGAGUGAACACGAAGACGACUGUAUAAACUCGAUACA